AUGCCUCCAAAAAAGUCCCCAAAAAAGCAAAAGAAAGGAAAAGUUACUGAAGGUGACAGUGAAAAAAAUGAAUUAUGGGCCCAAAUGAUGGCUCUGAGAGAGGAGGUAGAGAAGACGAAGAAGCAGAAGGAAAUUCUUCAACGCGAGCGGGACAUGCUCACGGCGUCCUGGGAGGUCGCAGAGAGACGCCUGGAGGAGACACAGGCCCAGCUCCGUGUGAGGCGGCGGGAGAAGGAGCAGCAGGAGAACGACUUUCUCAUCCAGAGCACCCGCCUCAGAGAGCAGCUGGCCCAUGUGCAGGUGGAGCACUUCAACGCCCUCUCUGAGCUGAAGUUAGAGAUCGCUGCCUCCCAGUGCUGCAGACAGGAGGCGCUGGUGAGAAGAGAGAAUCAGCUGAGGCAGAACAGAGCCGCUCUGCACAGGGCCCUGCUGGAGCGGAGGAGCGAGGUGGAAAAAUCCAUCUCCAACAUGACACGAAAGCACGAGGAUAACGUGGUAGAGAUGAGACACGACAAUGCCACCGUCCUCGAUCAAAUAAUAGAGUCCAGAAUGAAGAACUGUCAGGAGAUUAUUGCGGACCACAGACGUCUUCUGGACAAAGAGUUGGCUUCGACCUACAAACACAUCCUUUCAAAAAUUAUCACCCGAUUCCAGGAGGUCUUUACUGACGGGGAAAGGGAUGAUGAUGAAGAUGACGAAAUGGGAAAUCUGUACAUGCCUUCUCAAGCAUUGGAGCCAUCUGACAAAGCAGAGGACAGCGACGACUAG